GAGAAAGAAGUAUUUUGUCCCACUUAUUGCAUCUGUAGCAGCAUCCAUAGCAGUUAUAGUAAUGAUUGUCCUUAUUUGUCUCAUGAUGAAGAGAAUCAAAAGGAAGAAACAAAGAGCAUUCAAGAAAGAUGGGCAGGAGAAAUCAAAGAAACAAUUGUUUUCUCUCAGAGAGGUUACUAGAAUUACUAGUAACUUCAAAACUGUGAUUGGAAAAGGAGGAUUUGGAGAAGUUUACUUUGGCACUCUGCAAGAUGGUAGAGAAGUUGCAGUGAAGUUGCUUUCUCAGACAUCGAGGCAAGGAUAUAGAGAAUUUCACUCAGAGGCAGAUUUGUUGACUGUUGUUCACCAUAAAAACUUGGUCUCUUUUGUGGGGUACUGUGAAGAAGGUGAUGUGAAAGCACUGAUUUAUGAAUAUAUGGCUAAGGGGAAUCUGCAACAGCUAUUGUCAGAUAAAAAUCCAAAUGCUUUGAAGUGGUUUGAGAGACUUCAAAUUGCAGUGGAUGUUGGACUUGGUUUGGACUAUUUGCAUUAUGGCAUUAAGCCUCCCAUAGUUCAUAGAGACUUGAAGACCUCCAACAUUUUGUUGAAUGAAAACAUGCAAGCUAAAAUUUCAGACUUCGGACUGUGCAGAUCUUUUGCUAAUGAACACGACAGUCAUAUAUCAACUAUACCAGCUGGCACACUUGGUUACCUUGAUCCUGAGUUUCGUGGCUCCGGAAAGUUGAAUAGAAGGAGUGAUGUUUACAGCUUUGGGAUCAUUCUGCUUGAGCUAAUCACUGGGCAGCCUGCAAUGAGAGAGGAGUCACUUGGAGUCAAGAUACCAUUAGUCGACUGGGUUAACCCAAAAAUUAACAAUGGAGAUAUUGAAUCCAUCCUUGAUCCAAGGUUACAAGGACAGUACAAUAGAAGUACAGCAUGGAAACUCGUGGAAAUUGCCAUGUUCUGCACUCAACCUAUUGCAAUCCAAAGGCCUGACAUUAGUGAAGUGUUAACUGAGCUAAAGGACUGUUUAUCUUUGGAAAUAACCCAUGAAAGAUCAGAGAGCAGCAUGAGAAGGUCCAGCCAUAAUUCACUGGAUACAAGUUCUUUGAAUCCUUUUCAGAUUGAUUCAUCAUCAGGCCCGCAUGCUAGAUAGUCUUAUUUCGAAUUAAGAAGUCUCGAGCAUGAAUAAAUAAUGUUCCCUUUUGGAAAGAUUGGUUUGUGUGGACAGUCUGUAUGUUUAUUGUUUAAUUCGCAGUUUAUAAUGACAUAUUUAGCUUAAUGUUACACUAAUCCACUAGGCAAUUUUCUUUCAAA